AUGUCGCAAAAUAAUCAAAGUGAUAUUUUGAAAAACAUUUCAGCUUUACUUGAUGAAAUUUUCAAUCAUGAAAACAUUUGUGAUCGGAAUGAAAUUUCUCCAACCCUUAUGCAGUUAUAUACAAAUAUAUACGAAUAUGUCACGAUGGCUGCAUUUCACAAUUCACAUUUAUCUAAUCGAUUAGGUGUCAAUAAAAGACAAGAUGUGAUAGGAGAAGGCGUAUAUCUGCACUUAGAGAAUUAUUUACGGAAGAAAUUCGACGAUAUAUCGAAGGUAUGGCUUCAACGUCAACUUGACUCCGGAAGACGUGGUAUCUAUAAAAUUGAUGUGUUAGCCCAACGACUUUGGACAGAAAUUGUGUUAAAACCACAUUUUCAGAAACUAAUACAAGUAUGUUUGACCUCAAUUAAUAUUAAUCGUCAAAGUCGUUUAUCAUCUCUUGACUCAAAAUUGAUCAAAUUUAUUUUAGAUUUAUAUUUUGAUGAAAAUUCAAUUGAUAUGAUGGAUGAUGAUAUUUAUAUGGACAGUUUUGAGGAAAAAUUUCUUGACACAACAGAAGAUUUUUAUUGUCGAAAAAAACUUCCUGUUAUCGAAUCAAAUGAUGAACUGUUGAAAUAUUUAAAAAUGACAGUACAAAAUAUUGAUUUUGAAAUUAAUCAAGCGAGAGCGUAUCUGCCUGAAGAAAAACCAACAUUGAGAAUAUUUACAGACUUAUUAAAAAAGAAACCUUUUUCAAAUAAUAUUCUCAAUAUUAUUGUGGGAAAACUUCAAUUACUCGUAUCAGAUGAGAAUAAUUAUCAGGAACUAACUGCGUUAUUUGAACCUAUUCGUGAAUUAAUAAAGUUAAAAAAUGAAUUGUCAAAAUUAAUUGAAACUCAUAUUUAUGAAAAAGCAAUGAAUACAAUUGAGUCUAUCAGUGACGAUCUCAUUAAUGUAAGUUUACUAGUUUUUAUGAUCGAUCUCAUGUCUUAUGAAUAUUAUAUUUAGCAUCCAUUAUCAUACAUUGAAACAAUUCUUAAUAUUCACGGAAAAUAUCUAAAGCUUAUCCAGGAAACCUUUGUAGGGGACCAAAGUUUGGUUGUUGCUUUCGAUAGAGUAAAUUCUUUCAUUUUUUGAAAUUCAAUGAAAAACAAAUGUAUAAUAUAGGGUUAUGCUAAAUUUAUCAAUCAAAAU